AUGUUUGAAGGAGAGUGGACGAGAACAGAGGAAGAGGACGAGGAGGAGGAGGUGGACGAGAAGGAGGAGGACAAGAAGGAGGAGGACAAGAAGGAGGAGGACAAGAAGGAGGAGGACGAGAAGGAGGACGAGGAGGAGGAGGACGAGGACGAGGAGGAGGAGGAGGACGAGAAGGAGGAGGACGAGAAGGAGGAGGAGGACGAGAAGGAGGAGGACGAGAAGGAGGAGGAGGACGAGAAGGAGGAGGACGAGAAGGAGGAGGAGGCAAAAAAACAAGGUCAGUGGACUCGACAAGGGGAUUGUUACGAAAAAGAAUAA